AUGUGGAAAUCGACCCUAUCUUUAAAGCGUAUUAAUUAUUUUCAGGUAUCAUCUGCCUCUGGACAUUUGUAUAUUCAAUUAAAAGAAUAUAAAAAUGUAGACGGUAAGAUAUCGGAUGGUUCUUGCUGUGAUAGUUCAUGGUGGUGUGCAAGUGACGAAUGUGAUCCGUAUUUUGUAUUCAAGUUUCAAGGAAAGAAGGAGUCUACUAGUGCAGUCAAUAACAUCGCAUCUAUAACAUCUUUUUCCAAAGAUGUUUUUCGUUUCAAAUUUGAACGCUGGAGGGUAGGUCUCUAUAUUUUUAAUUAUUUUCGGGGAUGUGCCCUGACGGAAUAACGGGCAUGCAUUCUUAUACUAAUCAUAAUCCUUCCUUCCUUAUACUAAUCAUACCCGUUAACACGGCUUCUGCAGUAAACAGUAUUCAGUAAAUUAUACAGAGUGUAUAUAAAAAAAGUAGAUAAUGGUCAAUAGUCCAGCUAUACACGAAAUUUUGAUUUACCAUAGCAAAUUUUGUAUCAAUUUGGUUAUUUUUGCCGUAAUACAAGUACUGUAUACAAAAUGUUCGAACUUCACAGGGCAAUAUUUUCUUCAUUUUACAACAUUUAGGUUAGCAACCAAUCUUUGCAGUUUUACUCAUUCUAAGACGCUCUUUCUAGCUGUGGUGUUGGAUUUCGUUCUUCAUACCUUGUUGAAAAUUUAGUCUAUAGCUGCAAUCACCCAUUUUGGAACAACAAUUUCACAAAUCCGUUCAAUUCAUGAACUUUUUGUAAAAUAAACAAAAAAAUUUCGUAAAGAUAAAUUUUCCGGAGCAGGGGGGCGUGUCGUUUUUAGCAGCAUUAAAAUAGCAUGCGCGCGAAAUUUAAAAGUUGAACGCAUUUUGAGUUCAUGGUCAGGAAAAGCAGAAUAGACAGUACCUGAAAUUGACCAUUUGCGUAAUAGACUAAAUUUUGAACUAAACAAGUCUAGACAAAAAUUUCAUCACAGCUUGAAGGAGCAUCACAAAAUUAGUAAUAUUCCAAAGUUUCGUUGCAAAAUGUUGUAAAAUGCGGAAAAUAUAGCCUUGCGAAAUUUGCAAUUUUCAGUCAUUUUAGAUUACAAACGGGAAAUUGACAGCCCCAAACCCUUCGAGGCUGUCAAUUUCCGGUUUGUGAUCUAAAAUGACUGAAAAUUGCAAAUUUCGCAAGGCUAUAUUUUCCGCAUUUUACAACAUUUCGCAACGAAACUUUGGAAUAUUACUAAUUUUGUGAUGCUCUUUCAAGCGGUAAUGAAAUUUUUGUCGAGAUCAAAAUUUAGUCUAUUACGCAAAUGGUCAAUUAGGCCAACAUUACACAAAACUGAAUACUUCGAUAGACUUUGUUUGGCAGUCAGCGAUUGAGGCAAGUUGCAAAAGACCUAUAUUAGUACUUUAUUCUCAGAUUUUGCGAUUAACAACAUCGCGUUAUCUAAUUAACUGAACAAAUUUUCGUUGGUAGGAAUGCAACUCUGGAAUGCAGCAACUACCUGACAACUAAUAUAUAAGGAGAAUUUCGACGUUUCGAGCGAAGGUCCUUCGUUGAAGCCAUAUUUCAACUUGAUAUGCAAAUUACAAAGUCAAAAAUGAAGUAGAAUAAAACAUGUCCGUGAUUUCUGGCCAUGACUUAUUUUUUGUAUCAUUGUGAUAAAAAUGAGCAACUAAAAUUGUCAGUACGACCCAACUAUAUCUGAGAAUGCUUUUCUUGUAUUUCCUGGAACAAUGUCUUGGAUGAAUAACAUCCAAAUUGGCUGAGUUUUCAUAUGUAAAUACUAUAACUUAUGAAAUGUUUUUUUACGAGGUUGCAUCUUGUUUUCAAGUUUUUGUUAAACUAGCCAGGCUUUUUAAUGGGAAAAUAUCUUAAGUUCAAGUUUUAGGACUUGCAAGGUUUGCAGGUGUGUAAAUAAUCUAUUAUAACUCGAUACUGAAUGCACGACAACAUCAUGCUAAACUUGAUUAUCUAUACAGCUUGCAUGUAUAUCUUAGAUAUUCAUGUUUAAUGAAAACUGAUAAAAUAACAAUAGUCUAACAUUAAUAUUACUAACAGAUUUUUACUUAUUCAUCAACUUAGUCUAACCAACGACUUGAAGUUGAAAUCUGGGAUGAAGAUCUCGGUGGGGACGACAAAAUGUACGAGAAAGCAGUAAAACUUCCAGAUAAAGCUGGCAAAUGGUAUUCUGCAUCAACUGUCAAUCCAGAAGAAAUCAAAGGAACAUACACGACCUUUAAAAUAUCAUUACGAGUAUAUUGUGACUCGGGUUACUUGGUCCCUAACUGCUCCAAGUAUUGUAAAGUUAGUAAUGACAGUAAUUAUCGUUGUGAUUAUACCAAAGGCUUGAAGAUUUGUCAUCCAUGUUGGUACGGUUCGGAUUGUCAGAAAUACUGUCGUGAACAUAGUGACGGUAAUUACAUUUGCAAUAAAACAACCGGUAUGAAAAUUUGCCAUCAAAAUUGGUAUGGAAGUGAGUGCACAGUUCACUGCAAAAAACAAAACGAGUCCACUGGAAACUAUUUUUGUAACAGGACUAAUGGUGGAAAGAUUUGUUAUCCAAAUUGGUAUGGUACAAAUUGUACAACAUAUUGCAAACCAACGAACGAUUCUGCUGGACACUAUCACUGUAAUACCAUAACUGGUUCCAAAAUCUGUUACCCAGAAUGGUAUGGAAACAACUGCACAACAUUUUGCAACCCAAAGAAUGAUUCAACCGGCCAUUAUUCAUGUAAUAAGAUGACUGGUUCAAGAUUUUGUCAUUCACAUUGGUUUGGGGAAAAUUGUACGGAAUAUUGUAAAAAGCAGAAUGAUACUAAUGGACAUUAUUCAUGUGAAAAGGCAACUGGUUCUAAAAUGUGUCACUCAAAUUGGUUUGGAACUAACUGUACAACCUUUUGCAAACCAAAUAAUGAUUCAAGUGGGCAUUAUGCGUGCACUAAAGAUUCUGGAAUGAAACAGUGUCUUCCAAACUGGCAUGGAACAAACUGUUUAACUUAUUGUAAAGAGCAAAAUGGUACUAGUGGUCAUUAUUACUGUGAUAGGAAGAAUGGUUCGAAGACAUGUCAUCCAAAUUGGUUUGGGAAUAAUUGUACUAGUUAUUGUAAAGGGCAAAACAGUUCUUCUGGCCACUAUUUCUGUAACAGAAGUACAGGUUUGAAGAUCUGUCAUCCUCAUUGGUACGGAACUAACUGCCAAACAUACUGCAAGGCACGAAACGAUUCAACAGGACAUUAUACAUGUAAUAACGAAACUGGUUCGAAAAUUUGUCAGUCAGAUUGGUAUGGGGCAAACUGUGAGGUAUAUUGUAAACAAAAGAAUGAUUCAAAUGGACAUUAUUCUUGUGAUACGACAACUGGUCUUAGGAUCUGUCAUCAAAAUUGGUUUGGAACUAACUGUACAAUAUAUUGUGAGAAGCAAAAUGAUUCGACUGGGUAUUAUUUCUGUAGUCGAACUACUGGAUCAAAAAUUUGUUAUCUUAAUUGGUAUGGAACUAACUGCACAGUAUACUGCAAAGAGCAAAAUGAUUCUACUGGUCAUUAUUCAUGUGAUAAGGCAAAUGGUUUAAAACGUUGCCAUCCAGACUGGUUUGGAACGAACUGUACAACAUAUUGUAACCCAACCAAUGAUUCGACUGGCCAUUAUUACUGUAAUAUUACAACUGGUUAUAAGAAUUGUUAUUCACAUUGGUAUGGAGCUAACUGUACCCGGUAUUGUAAAGAACAGAAUAUUUCGUCUGGACACUAUUUCUGUAAUGAAGACUCUGGGUCAAAAAUCUGUCACCCAAAUUGGUUUGGACCGAAUUGUGAAACAUAUUGCAAAGAACAGAAUGGUCCUAAUGGACAUUAUUUUUGUAACAGAGAAAACGGGUUAAAGCUAUGUCAUCCAGACUGGUAUGGAAGAUUGUGUGCUGUAUUUUGUAAAAAACAAAAUAGUUCUGAUAGUCAUUUCUUUUGCAAUAAGACAACAGGGCAAACUGUUUGUCAUCCACAAUGGUUUGGAAUAAAUUGUACGAAAUAUUGUAAGGAACAGAACGGUUCCAAUGGACAUUAUGAUUGCAACGAAAGUAUAGGCUCAAAAAUCUGCCAUCCAAAUUGGUUUGGAACUAACUGCUUGAACUUUUGCAAAGAACGGAAUAACUCGAAAGGGCAUUACUCAUGUAAUAGGACAACAGGGACAAGAAUUUGUCAUCCAAAUUGGUUUGGAGGAAACUGUUUGACGUACUGUAAAGAAAGAAAUGCUUCUUCUGGGCGUUAUUUCUGUAAUAGAACAAAUGGUUUUAAGAUUUGUCAUUCAGAUUGGUUUGGAACUAACUGUUCGACGUAUUGUAAUGAAAAGAAUGAUUUUACUGGGCAUUACUUCUGUAAUAACAGAACAGGGUUAAAAAGGUGUUAUCAAAAUUGGUUUGGAACUAACUGUUUGGCGUAUUGUAAUGAAAAGAGUAAUUCUUCUGGGCAUUAUUUCUGUAAUAACAUAACAGGGUUAAAAAUGUGUUAUCCAAAUUGGUUUGGAACUAACUGUUCAAUAUUCUGUGAAUCAAGGAUAGGUUCAACAGAACAUAAUCAUUACUCCUGCAACCAAUCUACAGGUUUAAAAAACUGUCAUCCAAAUUGGUUUGGAAGAAAUUGCUCAACAUAUUGCAGAGAAACGAAUGAUUCUAUUGGGCAUUAUUCCUGUAAUAAGACAACUGGAUCUAAGAUUUGUCAUCGACAAUGGUAUGGAAAUAACUGCACAGUGUAUUGUAAACCAAUUAAGGAUUCCUCAGGACACUACUUCUGUAAUGAACAAUCUGGCUCAAAAAUAUGUCACCCAAAUUGGUACGGACCAAACUGUUCAACAUUUUGUAAAGAACAGAAUGCUUCUGCUGGACAUUAUCACUGUAAUAAAACAAAUGGUUCAAGAAUCUGUUAUUCGAAUUGGUAUGGACCUAACUGUUCAACACAUUGUGAAGACUCGAACGAUUCAAAUGGGCACUACUUUUGCGAAAAGACAACAGGUUCAAAAAUUUGCAAUACAGAUUGGUUUGGGAAUAACUGUACAACAUUGUGCAAAGCAAGAAAUGACUCAACAGGACAUUAUAGUUGUAACGGAACAACUGGUUCAAAGUUUUGUCAUCCACAGUGGUUUGGGGAAAGCUGUAGAAAUUAUUGUAAAGAGAAAAAUGACACUGCAGGGCAUUAUUCGUGUGAAAAGACAACGGGAUCUAAAAUUUGUCACACCAAUUGGUUUGGGACUAACUGUACAACUUAUUGCAAACCAAAAAGUGAUUCUACUGCAGGGCAUCACUUCUGUAAUACGACAACUGGUUCAAAGGCAUGUUAUCCACACUGGUUUGGCACAAACUGCACGGAAUAUUGCAAAGAACAAAAUGGUAUAAAAGGACAUUAUCUAUGUAAUAAAACAACUGGCUUCAAGAUUUGCUAUCGAAACUGGUUUGGAAGCAAUUGCCAAAUAUUUUGUAGGGAAGCACAUGAUUCUAUUGGACGUUAUUUCUGCAAUAAGACAACUGGUUUGAAAGUCUGCAAUCCAGAUUGGUACGGAGAUAACUGUUUAACAUAUUGCAAAGACACGAAUGAUUCUAACGGUCGCUAUCUUUGUAACAAAACAACUGGUUUAAAAAUUUGUCAUCCAAAUUGGUUUGGACCGAACUGUACGACAUACUGUGAAGAAGCUAUCGGUGGGUAUUACCUUUGUAAUAAGACAACAGGAUUGAAAUUCUGUAAGGCUAAUUGGUACGGGGUGAACUGUUCCAUUUCCUGUCAGGAAAGCAAUGGUCUUAACGGUAAUUACUUGUGUAAUAAGACAACUGGUUACAAGUACUGCAAACCUAACUGGUAUGGAGUUAACUGUACGAAUUACUGUCAUAAAAGUAGCAAUAUUAAUCGUCAUUAUUUCUGUAACGAGACGAAUGGUUCAAAAAUUUGUCUUCCUGACUGGUACGGCACUAACUGUACCACAUACUGUAAAUCAUCAAAUAGUGAUCAUUCUGGGAAAUAUUUGUGCAAUAAAACAACUGGACAAAAGAUUUGUUUAGAGGAUUGGUAUGGAACGGAUUGUAAAAUAUAUUGUAAAGAACAGAAUAUAUCCAGCGGAAGUUAUGUUUGUGAUAGAACAACGGGCGAGAAGAUUUGCCACCUGAAAUGGUAUGGAUCUAACUGUGACCAAAGAAUCUGUUAUUCAAACUGGUAUGGAGCUAACUGUACUGUAUAUUGCAAAGAAGAUAUAAACAGUCACUACACGUGCGACAAUGAAACAGGGACAAAGAUUUGUCAUUCUGAAUGGUUUGGGGUAAAUUGUUCUCAAAGUAUUACGGCAAAGAACGUCUGGGACGGUCUUCCACAAUAUUUGAAACUCACAAUUGGUGGCGGAGGAAUAUUGGUGCUUGUGAUUAUUAUUGUUGUUUUAGUGAGGUAA